UGGAAUUAAAAUUUUUAAAAAAAAUAUUUUCGACUUUCAAAAGUCCGAUUAGUCUUAAAUAUUUUAUUUACCUUCCUAUGAGGGGUUAUGCAAACUGUUGACUUCUUCAAAAAACAAAAAAAAUGGAAGAUUCUCACGUCAAUAAGUGUGCUGCAGUCAGAAAGGCAUUUUGUUUACAAGCACCUAUUGAGUUUGUCGUACACAAAGUUCGACAUAUAGUAGACACAAUUCCUUUGCCUAUUAUAACUGAGGAUGACCGUCAAUCAGUUGUGUUGAUAAAUGAUAUCAUUGUUAAAAUUUGCAACACAAUAAAGCCGAUAUUAGAUUACCCGUUACCAAAUUUCCCACAACUAAGAAUUGAACUCGAAGAAAUCAAUUUAAAAAUGACAUUCAUUCGGCAACAAGCUGCUAUGACGAAAACGGAUUAUAAAAAAUAUGAAAGCGAUAAAAAGGAAAACUCAAGUGUUGCAAAAAAAAAUGAGAAAAGGCUAGAGCUUAUGUAUUCGAAUUUAAGUAAGACCGUUAUUGAUAAACCAGAAGAUAUAAUGAAAAUUAGAAUCAACAAUAUUAACAAGGAUGAAAGUGUUCAGGAAGAAAAUUUAAGAGACAUAAAAGAAACUGAAGACCCGCUUCAUGUCACAUAUUCUAAUUUAGGUAUGAACACCAUCGAGGAACAAGAGUAUAUGAUGGAAAUAGGCAGUUAUAAUACUAAGAAAGACGAAAGCUAUAACGAAAAUAACUUUAGUGCUUUGGAAGAAUCUGAGAAAUCUCUUGGGUUUACAUAUCCCAAUGAUGUAGAGGAAGAGGUGGAAGAGAAAAAGCGAUUAAAUAUCGUAGAAGAAACUGAAGUAAAUAGCAAUGAAGAAUGUUCAAGUAAUUAUGACAAAUCAUUCGAGUUUAGAGAUUCUGCAGAAGAGAACGAAAUACAAAAUUUUAACGAUUUAGAACAAAAUUCUGUUGUAAUUAGCAAUGAAGGUAGUUUAGCGAGUGAUAAAAAAGAAUAUGACGAGCUGCUGAAUACUAUAGAUUAUAAAGAUAAAAAGGAAAUAAGCAGCGGUAGUACUAUAUCAAAACAAGAUGAAGGUUUCAUGUUUUUUUGUUAUGUGCUUUAUUUAUUUUUCCAGAACUUUCAUCAUAUGUAAGAUGUAAGAUGAACGCUUUCCUCUCUCUUAUGUAUGAUAAAAGUAGUUUUAAAUUACUGAAAUAAUAAAGGUGUUUAUUUCAACUA